GAAGAAAUCGGCGGCGUUAGUCCCAGAAACAAUCAGAUAUCUCCUCGCCAUGGUGUGGUGUAACCAUUGUGCGAAGAAUGUUCCCGGAUCUCGCGACGACAGUGGUUUGGCAUGUGAUUUAUGUGGGAGGGUUUUGGAAAACUUCAAUUACUCUGAUCAAGUCACAUUCAUUAAGAAUGCGGCUGGACAGAGUCAAGCGUCAGGUAACAUAGUGAACAGUGUUCAGAGUGGGAUUUCAAGCUCACGUGAAAGGAGAAUUAGAAUAGCUAGAGAUGAGUUUAUGAAUUUGAAAGAUGCCUUGGGAAUUGGUGAUGAGAAAGAUUUUGUGAUUGACAUGGCUGUCCGAUUCUUUACAAUGGCAGCUGAGCAAAACUUCACUAAAGGGCGCAGAACUGAACUAGUGCAGUCUUCCUGUCUCUACUUGACUUGCAGGGAAAAGAACAUUCCGUUUCUUCUUAUUGAUUUUGCAAGCUACCUUCGAGUUUGCGUUUACGAGUUAGGUUCUGUCUACCUGCAACUCUGUGAACUGCUCUAUUUAGUGGAAAACCGCAACUAUGAGGCGCUUGUUGAUCCUUCAAUCUUCCUUCCUCGAUUCACAAACAGCUUAUUGAAAGGUGCACACGAUCAAGCAAAAAAUGUCGUGAAAACAGCUAGAGACAUUAUAGCUAGUAUGAAGAGAGAUUGGAUGCAGACCGGCCGGAAACCAAGUGGAAUCUGUGGAGCAGCAAUUUACAUAGCUGCCCUUUCUCAUGGUAUCAUGUGCUCUAGGACAGAUAUUGGAAAAGUUGUGCAUAUGUGUGAAGCAACAAUCACCAAAAGAUUGAUUGAGUUUGCUAAUACCGAGGCUGCAAGUUUCACUGUUGAUGAGCUCACUGAAAGAGAAAGGAAAUUGCGUAAAGAAACUUUUACCCCAAGACCAAAUUCUGAGAAGGGAGAAGUGAUGUGUAAACACAAGGAUUUACAACGUUUUGGUUAUGGAUUAUGUGAGACCUGUUACAAUGAUUUCAUUAGAAUUUCUGGUGGAGUUGUUGGUGGGUCGGAUCCUCCUGCUUUCCAGCGAGCAGAGAAAGAGAGAAUGGAAAAAGUUGCAGCUACAGAAGAAAACGAGGGAGGAAUUGGUAGCUUAAACCAUCAUGAACAAGUAUCGAAAACAGAUUGGGAUGCUGAAGCUUCGGAUGAAUCCGGCAAUCUUUCUGAGCUCGAUGGUGAUAGUGAGGUGGAUGGCUGUUUUCUCGGCGAGGAAGAAAAGCGCCUGAUGGAGAUCUCAUGGGAAUUAGAAAACGGACCAUAUCUUGAGGAGAAAGCAGCUAAGAAGAGGGCUAGUGAAGCUUUCAACGCUAAUUGCCCAGAACACACAAGAAAUCUCGUUGAAGCUUCUAAAGCAUCUGUGGCAAAAUCUAGAAAGGAAAAGCGACAAAAACGGGCUGAGGAAGCAAAGAAUGCGCCUCCCCCAGCCACAGCCAUGGAAGCUGUUCACAGAAUGCUUGACAAAAAGAGACUUAGUAGGUUAAUCAACUACGAUGUUUUGGAGGAACUUUUGAAUACAUCACCACUUGAGAAAUCACCUAAGAGAUCGAAAACCAAUGAAGAUGAGAAUGGUGAAUAUGAAGACAAUGACGAAGAGUUCUUUUGAACUCUGCAAUCAACCGUAAAUUUUGAGUAGAGAGCUCUUCAAUCAACUUUUUUUGGAGUCGUAGGAAAGUUGUCUUACCAAUUGUAAUAAACUGUUACUGCACGAAUUAACAUCACUAAAUCAAAUACGUAAUAACAAAAAUUUCAGAGCUAAUCAGGUAAUAAAAUUUUAAUUUUGAUACGUUUCCAAAUUUUGUUAUUACCUGUUAGCUCUGAAAAUUUUAACUAUGGAAAAAUAUCAUUGCACUUUGUAUUUAA